UAACCACCGAAGGGGUUAUCAAACGGCUCUGAGACAUUGGCUGGUCCACGUGUGGCUGUCAGGUAGACGAUCGACACGUGUCGAACGCGUGCGGCGACCCUCCCGCCCCUGAUGCGCGCCGCGUUCAUAAAAAGUUUUCAUUCAGAAAAAGUGUUGACGCGAUCGUUGCCGGGCAACCCCUGCCGCGAUGCGCGUUUUUUCCGCGGACAUGUGCGUGUGGGUGCAACCAGGAUCUAGUGUAACGGAUCGACGUAAUUUGUUUUGUGGCGUGUACUAGUGUGGAGAGAUCUUAUCAACCUGUAAGCAGAAAGUAUAUGAAAAAUCCAAGAGUUUCCAUAAUCUGCGGCUACUGAUUAACUAGAACCAAACGUGCGAGGUGUCGUUGUAAAUAUAUAUAACUAGUAAAACAUUAAUAACGUAAUUCAUACGUUUGCUCAGUAAAGCUUCAAUAGUUAGUUUAGGAUCAUGUUCCUACAUCCAUUUUCUAAAAUGAUAAGACCACCAAUCAGUUCAACAUAAGCUAAAUGAACUGAUUUAAGCCAUAAAAUUGUUGCCACAUCGCACACAAGUGCUACCAACCGCUUCGAUGUUUGUGAACAUCCGGUGACUUAACCCUUCUAUAAAUGCAUCUUACAAACACGACCACCUCUUCUGGGGGUGGCGGCACUACCGGCACCACCUCCACGACCGAAAGUACCCUCCAAGACACGUACACCAAGAUGACGUCAGACAUCUUGGCAGAACGAACACUGAACGACUUCCUUAGUGAACAUCCAGGUGAACUGAUAAGAACGGGAAGUCCCCUAUUUGUGUGCACGGUACUACCUCCUCAUUGGAGGUCGAACAAAACGCUGCCAGUGGCGUUCAAAGUGGUGGCGCUGGGUGACGUUGGUGAUGGUACUGUGGUGACAGUGCGGGCAGGGAAUGACGAGAACUAUUGUGCAGAAUUAAGGAACUGUACGGCGGUGAUGAAGAACCAGGUGGCGAAGUUCAAUGACCUUAGGUUCGUCGGGAGGAGUGGAAGGGGGAAAAGUUUCACUCUAACAAUAAUGGUAUCAACGAGUCCACCUCAAGUAGCAACGUAUAAUAAAGCCAUCAAGGUGACAGUGGAUGGACCUAGGGAGCCAAGGUCAAAAACAAUGUUUUCUUUUCUAGGACAGCAACAGCAGUUUCACUUCGCCUUUGGUCAACGGCCGUUUCCGUUUGCAACUUCUGAUCCUUUGUCGGGAUUUAGGAUGCCCCCUAUAGGAAAUUGUAACAAUAUGCCCCAAUUCGGCUUGACGACGACGAACAGUCACUGGGGAUACGGUGGAGCGGCAGGAGCGUACUCGCCAUACUUUUCUGCGGGUGCACUGGGAUCGUGCGCGACGCCCUCAUCCCAGUUCAAUACGCAUAGCUUGGGCUUCUCAUCAGGUUCUUCAGCUGCUGCCGCGACGCCUGAUCAGACGACGCCUGCCCAAGACGCGUUUUCCCCCGCCGCUGGUGUUACAGGGGCUGCUGGAGUAGGAGCGUCAUUGCUUCCAGAAGCCUCAACGACAGACCUUGAUCAACACCUGGGCCUGGUGACGUCACAGACGCAUUCUAACCACUCUCAGUCAACAACACACUCAUCGUCCCUCCUCGUUCCUCGUUAUACCUCGAACCAUGCGGAUUUUGCAAUAUCUGGUCCUAGGUCCUUAUCAGAUAAUUCCAGCACAGCAGAAAGUCCCGUCCAAGAUGAUUUACUUGUGUCUUCGCAACCCACUGUUGGUGCAGUUAACCACGUGAACAACACCAACUUCCAACUGCACCAGAACAUGAGUCAGAGCUCGUACUCCUCGAGCAAUUGCAACAACUCAAUCUACCCGGUACUGCCCGGCCUACUGUACUCCCAGCUGUACUCCGCAGCCAACCAGACGCACAACUUCCAUUCAUUGCAUACGACACAUGCGCAGCAUAGUGACUUGCAAAGCGUUAUGGAUCAUUUGUCCACGAGUAAUCAGAGGCAAAUGGUGCACGGUAGUACCGAUCUUCUCCUUAGUAACAAUGGUACUUGUGCGGCAGCAGCUGCAAGGCAAGAUGACGGACAUAACCGAGGCUUGAGUACGAAUGGAGCUCAAAGAGGACCGGCUCAAAAUGGUGACGCGGUUGUUUGGAGACCUUAUUAAGAAGGUAGCCGGGAUAGUCUCCUGGAUUGACAUUAACAAAUAUCUAGUCGUGGGGUUUCAAGAACCAUAAACGUUUGAAAAAUGCGGAACUCAGCACGUAUACAGAAAUAUAAGGUUUACAAAUGAAAUUUGGAUUUCAUGAGGAGCGCCUCUAUACAAAACAAUAAGGGGAGAUUAUUCUUACUUGAUGUGUACACAGCUUAGCGAUACAAAAACUGAUAACUAUAGUACUAGAUAUGUAGGGCUGAUUCUGGAACAAAAUUGGCAAAUCCGCUCAAAACACAGGUAGGGUCACACGCUACAAAAACAAAAGUACCUAGUACCAACAUAUCGUGAAACUCAUUUUCUGUAUUUUUUAAUAUGAUAUUUUAGACAAAAACAUUUAAAAAACGUCAUAUGGUAUCUUGGAUCUAUUUCCUGUUCAUUUUAGUGCGUAGUGAAAUACAAGUGUCAAAGUUCUGUUACUCGAUCCGUUUGUCAAUUAGUAAAUUUCUAUGCAUUUCUUAUUACUAAUGCAGGCAGAUGCAGGAAACCUUGUUAUACGUAUUUUAACCCAAUCAUGCGAGAUAAUUAAUUUCAUACCUUCAGGAAGAUGCUUGAAACAAGUCGAGUUUAUAAUCACAAGAGACCUCUCCUAGAUUUAUAAAAACCUGUUGAUACCGGACAUCAAUAUAUUACCGAAUUCUAGAUAGUAUUGUCUGGUAUAAAAAACGAUUAACGGGGUGUAUAAGUCAAUCUACUGGACUCAAUGCUCUUGAGCGGAUUAAGUAAUUCCAUUUCGAAAUAACCCCUUCUUGUCUACUCUAUUUAGCAACUAACAGCAAACCCUACAUCAUUUUUAAACUUAUAUCUCAUUGCAAGGUUAAUACAACUUCAAAUUUUGGGCUAUGAGAUGAUACAAGAAGUGUUUCCAUUUUAUUUAACAUAUCCCAAUCAAUUUGCAAGCUUACCAUUUACUGCUAAAGUUUGUAGAAGAAUAACUGUAACGCCAAUAAGAAAGUUCCAAACAUUCGAAUUUAUGUUCCGAGUAUGGUAAAAUUUAUUGGGUGCAAUAUACAUUAGCUACAAGCAAUUACGUAGUUAACAUAAACAGUGAGUUUUGUGCAAUAAUGCAGUAAUUAAGUUUAUGCGUUGAUUUCAAUAGUAACUCACUAAAUUUUAAGAUAAUGCCUGUAAAAUACUAAUCCUACUAAUUACAAAACUGCAUUGCUUGAAGCAGUUGUCAAUAUGAUAAUUUCAGUUAUAGCACUCUAUUAUACCUGAGAGUAAAGGAAGUUGGCAGUUUAAUCAUCAACAGAUGAUGAUUUUCUAUUAUUUUCUGUCACAUGUACAGUCUGCGAAAACUUUAAGGUUCGCCAAUUUUAGUGGGACAGAAUAGCUUAAAAAUCGCUAUAAAACAAACUUUUCUCACGAACGCGAGGUUUUUGGCUCAUCUAAUCCGUUUGAUAAAAGUCACUGAUUGAUCAGUUUGUAACAAGACUCGGUUGAAAAUUAGAAUUUCUCAGGUCAGCAAGUACAUAAGUCAAAGUUAAAGGCAAGACCCCUAAGAAAAUUUUACCAUUGGUUUAUUUUAAAGCGGUAUAUAAGCUUGUUUGUUAGGCUAAAAUUAGGGAAUAUUUGACUUUCGUAGACUACACUUUCGUAAACUACUGCUAUAAAAGUAGCUGCCACUUAUGAAGUGUGAAGCUAAGUGGUUGUCAUACUAACGGACUAUAGAAUGUUUUCAGCACUCUCAGUUAGUAACUAAUUAAUCAGAGGUUUUUAAAGACAAACAUCGUUUUCGGGAUAAUGUAAAUAUUAAACUUAUCGAACUUUUUAUUCGAUAACACUUCUUACUUAGUGAGCUACUAUUGAUGCAUUAGCUCCCUGAGUUUAGAUAUGAUACAGUUACGGAAUACUGUAAAUAGCGAAUCUGAAAUUCCAGUCACACGCUGUAAGCAUGUCCGUACUAGUGACUUAAUUUUGUGAAUUAAAUGUAUAAUGCUUAAUUUAAGAUAGCGUAUACUUAUACAUUGUAAAUGAUUUGUUAUCUGAAAAUAUCAUUACCAUUAUUAUUUCUGUUGCAAGAUGUAAAAUAACAACGAUGAUAUUAUUAAAUAAUAUUGUAAACAAUACA